AUGCAUCUCUACUUAAGUCACAACCCUCGUACACUCUACCUGGUAACUGGAUCGCACGAAGAGCGGAAAGGACGGCCGCAACGGGCUCUCGUAUUUCGUGCUGCAGAAGCCAAUCCAGCACAGGUGAUCGUCGAGUUCCUGCCGAAGGAUGAGGUCAAUCUGACCAGCGCUGUGAGACUGACCAGCCGUGUCAUUAAAGGCUGUCUUGGCCUGAUCUCUGUUGAAAAUGAUACUUUCCUCGCGGUGGUGUCCUCUGCGACGGAGGUUGGAAACACCCGCCCCUCCCACUCUCAACCUGAAUCCGUGGCGAAGAUUCACGAAGUUUUGUUCUACUGCCUCACCUCCCACUCAUGGGAUGAUUUUUCUGCUUCCCAAGAUACGCUUCUUAAUCCAGAAAAUGCAGAUGCACUCAUGACACGAGAGCAGCAGCAGCACUCUCAAUCUACCACACCUCCUGUGUUUGAGCAUCCGUGCAUGCCACUCACCAAAAUUCUUUCUUCUGGUUCAUUCUACUAUGCUCUCGAUCCUGCAUGGGAUCUCUCAUCUAGGCUUCCCGUCCGUCUGGCGAGAGAUCGAUCCAAUGCACAUGAUAUCGGUAUAUUUGAUGAACGCUUCAUCUGGAAUGAAUAUAUCGUCCGCAGUUUGCUUCAUUUCAGAGAGAGGCUGGAUCCCCUUGAAAGGGAGGAACUCGAUAAGUGUCAAUUUAUCAUAUUAGCCAUACAAGGCUAUGUGGGCGUCUUUACCAUGGCUUUGCCCGCGCCGCCAAUUAAUGGAGCACCCGUUAUUGCGACAUUGUCAUUGAUUUCUCGCCUUGGGUGGAGACGAGCUGGCACUCGUUUCAAUACCCGGGGUGUAGAUGAUGACGGGAAUACUGCUAAUUUUGUUGAGACUGAAACUAUCAUCACCACAGAUCAACAUUGUGUGAGUUAUACCCAAGUCCGAGGAAGUGUCCCAUUAUUUUGGGAACAGCAAGGGCUCCAGACCUUCGGCCAGCGCAUCCAGAUUACACGACCGCACGCCUCCCAACCUGCAUUUGAGCGCCACUUCGCGCAUUUGAUGGAGGAGUAUGGCGCCGCUCAUGCCAUCAAUCUUCUUGGUUCCAAAGAGAACGAAGCCAUCUUGACUUCUGCAUAUGCAAAGCACCUGCAAAUUGCAAGAGGCAUCUGGGGUGACGAGCUCAGUAUCACCCAUUACGACUUCCACAAUGCCGUGAGGAUAGGUGGUCAUGAUAGUGUAAUGAGGGAUGUCUGUCGUUUGGAAGGCGUUGAUAAUAACAUGGAACGUUACGGGUUCACCAUGUGUGAUGCAAGCGCCGACAGUCUGAUCACGGAACAAAAAGGCGUAUUCAGGACGAACUGCCUUGAUUGCUUGGACCGAACAAACUUUGUACAAGAUAUAUUCUCUCGUAAAGCCUUGGAACAAUACCUCGGUCUCGUGCAUCGCGAAUGGUUGCAGGCUAGUGCACUCUGGAUGCAUCAUCGGGAAUUAUGGGCGGAAAAUGGAGACGCUCUCUCCCGUAUCUAUGCUGGUACUGGCGCGCUGAACACGAGCGUCACUCGGACUGGGAAGAGAACAUUGGCAGGUGUUUUGUCCGAUGCGACAAAGAGUGUGUCGAGAGCAUACAUCAAUAAUUUUCAAGAUAAAGGCAAGCAAAUCGCCAUUGAUAUGUUUCUUGGCAAUAUGAAUAACCAGCGUCAGGUGAACAUUUUCGACCCAAUACAUGAUUCAGUCGGAAAGGCACUGCAGCAGCGCUUGUCCGAGUACUCGACUACCCAGUCGUGCAGUAUAUUCGCAGGAACAUGGAAUGUCAACGGGCGGGUAAGACCCGAUCUUUUUAUUCUCGGCUUCCAGGAAAUUGUUCAACUUACCGCACAGCAGAUCGUGCAGCCAGAUCCAGAAAAGAAUAGGCGUAUAUGGGAACAGAAGGUCAUGGAAACCCUUGAACGUCGACCUCAAAGAACGUGUGAUUAUGUGCUUCUCCGCAGUGAACAAACCGGUCUGCGGGGCAUGUCCGGAAACAAGGGUGGCGUUGGAGUCCGACUGGAUUAUUACGAUACUAGCUUCUGCUUCCUGACUGCUCACCUUGCUGCUGGGCAUAGCAACAUCGAAGAGCGGAAUGCGGACUUUCACACAAUUGUGAAAGGCUUGCACUUUCAAAAAGGAAAGACGUUGUCCAGCCAUGAAAAUAUCAUCUGGCUCGCAGACACAAAUUACAGAAUAGACCUUGACAACGAAAGCGUCCGAGCCCGGUCGGAGGCUGAUGAUUUUGAUUCUUUGGUAGCAGCAGAUCAGUUGAGACAGGCAAUCGACAACGGGGAUGCAUUUGCUGGAUAUGAGGAAGGACCCUUGCUGUUCCGUCCCACUUAUAAGUACGACCUGGGCACCGAUAACUAUGAUACCAGUGAGAAGAUGCGCAUUCCGGCUUGGACUGACAGAAUUUUGUUCAAAGGUCGAUUUGAUCUAGCGGUAUACUCCCGGGCUGAAUUGAAAGGCUCGGACCACCGUCCAGUUUUUGCACUUUUUAGAAGCGAGGUGCGAAUCAUAGAUGUCGCAAAGAGGGCCACACUAUCUCGGCUGCUCCUGGAAAACACACUGUCGGCUACUCCAGGCGAGAAACUUGAUGAAAAACUUGCGUCUUUGGUACUCGCCGAUGACUAUUCUGAAUUGCCCCCACCUAGCGCGGAUGACGACGCAUGGUGGAACAGACCUGAACAUCCAAAAGGCAUCUUUCCUAUCUCGAUAGCUCACCUCCUGGAAUCAAAUGCAACCAACCCUUUUGACUCACCAGAGGAAUCUCCCUUUUCAUCCUCACCAUCGUCCUCCGACGAAGAAUUAUAUUCACAUGCAAUGGGAUUGCAAUCUCCGAUCACACCUGUUCGCAAACCUCCUCCACCUCCGCCACGCUCCCGGUAUACCGAUGUGUGA